AGAAGACAAAGGAGCGCAAUACACUUGACCAUCGUCAUGUUCACCGGGUUGGGCCUGGACCAGGGCUUGGAGCUGGCGGCCAACGCCUCGAGCACCGCCUGUAACACGACCAGCAACUACAUGUGGGCCAACAACUACUUUAGUGAAUGUGUUCAUAAUGACAAGCAGUUGGCUGGCCUCAUCUUUGGCCUACUCUCCAUCCUGUGCUGGAUCGUGGCUCAAGGCCCGCAACUCUAUCGCAAUUUCAAGACCUCGACCGCAGAAGGCCUCUCGGGCCUCUUCUUGGCCGAUUGGCUUGCCGGUGACAUUACCAACCUCAUUGGCUGCAUCCUGACCAAACAGGUCCCCACACAAUUGUACACUGCCAUCUGGUUCUGCUUUAUCGACACGUCCAUGUGUCUGCAAUGGCUGUACUACGAAAAGUACAAACGCAAGAAAACUGCACCCCAUGUCGUCGCCAGCACCACCUACAACACCAUGGGCGCCGGCAUCGUGGUCACCGUCGCCCUUGCCACUGUGGCCCUCGUGGCCCUGACGGCCGGUCCUGCCGAGGCCGAAGAAGCCCGCCCGGCCGGUCGCGUCCUCCUCGAGAUUCACUCCUUUCAUGGCACGCGUAACAUUGUGGGUUGGACCAUUGGCUGGAUCUCUGGCUUGCUUUACUUUACCUCCCGCAUUCCGCAGAUUGUUAAAAACUUUCGUCGCCGCUCGACCGAUGGCUUGUCGGUGGCCAUGUUUAUCAUGGCCAUUUUAGGCAACACCACCUACGCCUUGGGCGUUCUCCUUGAGUCGUCGGCCAACGACUUUAUCAUCGACCAUCUGCCUUGGCUUAUUGGGAGCGUGGGCACCCUUAUUUUCGACUUUACCAUUGCACUGCAAUUCCUCAUGUUUGGCUCUGAAGACGAAAAAGAAGAGUUAUCGGACCGUAAGCCGUUGCUGCAAUCAGCCUAAGCCGGUAUUGGCUGCCGCGCGUAUCAUGCCCCCUCCCUUCUCUGCUCUACGUGGAGAACAUAAACGUGUGCCCUGGUUUUCAGGCCCUUUGCCUUGACGCAGGGCCUGAAGCGAGCAAACCUGGGAAGGGGGUCAUUGAGAGUUGGAGGAAUUUGUCGGUUGUUCUUUGUUUCUCAAGCAUUUGUGAACGAGGACACUGGGGCGUGCAUUUCAUGCCGCCUUGAUGUUUCCUUCCCCGACCCUCUCUGGGUUCUUGAUUUGGGAUCUUUUGUUUGUUGUUUGUAUAUGUUCCCAUGAUCUCGACGUGCCCUGCAGACGGCCGUGGAUCUUCAUUCUGAUUUGUGUGUUGUGCCCGAAAAAAAGUCCUUGUCGUCUAUUAGCUGAAUCGAUAAGCCACUGAGAAG